AUGAGAUACUUCAUUUUUCUUUUCCUUUCUCUUUUUUAGAUUUUUGAAAGCAUUUCUUUAGCUCUAGCACAAGAUAGCUCAAGUAUAGAGCCAAUAUUCAUAAAGAAUAUUAAUACAGAAUAUGGAUAGACUACUUUCUAUUAAUUCAAAUUCUUCUAUGGCAAAAGCAUAGUUGAUGGAAAUGCCAACAUUAUGGUUUCUUUCCCUUAAUAAAUAGAAUUAAGCUAUUUCCCUCAAUAUGUUGAGUGCUUUUUCAAAGUAAGUACUACUGAGCAUCAAAGCGUGCCUUGCGAAAAUAAUAGUGAGCGUCAAGUUUACAUCAAUGUAAAAAAUAUAGUUUAAGGAGAAUAAAGCAUAGCUAUAGGUCCUAUAUAAAAUCCAAGCAAUAUAUCUGGUACUGCAUUUUUUAAGGUCUGCAUCCUAUACAAUGAUUAUCAGACAGAUUGCAACGAUUCCUUCGGAAAAGUAUAUUUUGGUAAAAAACCAGCUCUUAUGCCUCUUGCAGAUGUCUAGUAUAAAAGUUCACUUUAAGUUAAUGAAGGGAGUUCUUGGAUUUUUGAUUUUAAAUUAUUAGGAAUCUAUGAAAAUAAUUUAUUUAGCAUCAGAAUAACAUUUCCUGAUGGAUUUAAGACUAAAUCUGCAAUAUGUGAUAUCGAAGGUAGCUAAACAAAACCAAAGACAAUUAUCCUCUAUAAUUAAAGAAUGAUUGAAUGCUAAAAUAUUGCGAAGUAGCUUAAAGGAAACCAAUAAAUUAGAAUAGUUAAUAUGAUAAAUCCUAGUAGUAUUGUAGAUUUAAAGAAUUUCUAAAUUGAACUUAUGUAGCAAUCGAACAGCUUAAUCUUUGAAAGAAUAAUCUUUAAUCCUAAAUUGAAUAUUUAGUUACAAGUUGGAAAUAUGAAAGCUAAUUUAAUUUAAGAAAACAAUUUCAAAUAUUCAAAUAGCACUCUUACUUUCUAAAUUAAUCCUACAAAUAAGUUAGGAGAAGGUGGCUCUCUUUAAAUAUUAUUUGGUUAAUAGUGGAAAUUAUGGGCUCUAAAUUGUACAGUAAUUAAAGGAUUUAUAAGAUAUUCUGGAUAAAUUCCAAAUUGUUUCUUAAAUUCAAAAGAUAAUAGUUAUUAUAUUUAAAAUUUCAAAGAGAUAGAUUUCACACAGUAAAUUGUUAUAAAAGUAAUUGCUUAAUCUCCAAUAACAGAAGGAAAUUUCCCUAUUAAUGUGCAAACAUUGAAUUCAAGAUAAAAAAUUGUUGACUCUUCUAUUGUUUCUGCACUCACAAAUUCAACCUUUGGGAGUCUCAAAAGAUUUACUGCCAGUGCUGUAAGAGAUUCAAUUAAAUUAUAGGCUGGGAAAGCAGGUCCUUUAGAAUCAACAUUCUUCUUAAAACAUAAUCUUCCAGCUACCAAUUAUAAAUCUAUUGGAAAGGUUGUCAUUGAUAUUUUUCCAAAAAUACCUAAACCCUCGACAAAUUAUGGUAUAAUUAAAUGCUAUUUCUAUGGAAAUAUUUUAGCUUCUAGCUGCCUUUUUGAUGAUAUGACAUACGCAGAUCGUACAAAAAUAACUAUUUAUACUCCUGAAAAUUUCGAUUAUUAAGAGAGUGAAAUUCCUAUUACUGUAACUACAGAAGGAUCCAAACCAGGUUAUAAUGAUGGAAUUUUACUAGAUCCUCUUGUAAAAAGAUAUUUAUUUCACUACCAUUUCUAUGAUAAUGAUUUACCGUCUUCUGAACCCACAGAAGUGUAUUAUCAAGAAUGGGUUCCAGAUUCUUUUGAAAUACCUGAUACAGAUUUCAAAUAUAAUAUUCUGAUAAGAGAAAAAAAUGAAUAUACUCAUAUGCGUUUUGAAAUGAAAUAACAAAUAACUCUCCCUUAUAGUGAUAGAAAUUACUUAUUUAGAGUUACAUUUAUAAAAGAUCCUAUUAAUGUAUGGUAAAUAGGAUAAUCUUAUGAAAAUGACUAUGAAAUUAUUGAAGACUUUCCUUGUUGUUUGUAUGGAUCCAGUGCAGUGGCAAAUCCUUUCUCAAAAUGUGAUUUAUAUUAAUAGAGUUUUAGAGAUCCUUUUGUUCAAGCUUAUGGAUUUGAAACUCUUAAAGUUAUAAAAGGUAAUUGGAUAAUUUUAGAAAUUCCUCAAAUCAAAAUAGCAAAUGUGCCUGCUGGCUCAAAAGGAACCCUAAGAUUUUCCUUAAUGGAAGAAACACCUGGCAUGAUAAAUCCUGAAAUUGAACUAUACUACAAAUAAAUAUCAGUGGAAAUAUUAGAAUAAUCUUUUAUAAAUUAUUCAUUUAAUCCUAACAUAGCCACCACUUUAAUGCCACCUAUUGUUAAUUAAUAAACAAAUCUUAGAUUCUAAUGGAGCGCAGCUGUAUAUGACCCUUAAUAUUUAAUUUAUGAAAUAGAUUAAGUGGGUUAUUAUGAUAUAGGAAGAGGGGUAAUUCAACCAACUAAUUGUGAUGGUAAUUAGUGUAUCAAAUUUUAAAAGCCAGUUCAUUGGAUUGUAAUUUAUCCUAAUACUCCUCUUAAUUAAUAAAUAAUUACAAAUAUUUAAGGAGUAUUUUAAAAUCCAAAUUAUGCAGAUAAAUUCAUUUUUAAGGUCAGAGCUAUGAAAAAUGGUGUAGUGGUAAAUAAACAUACUUUUAAUGUAAAAGUUGACUCAGCAGAUAUUUAAAGCAAAAUAUUCGAUAUUUGCAAUCCAAGUCAUGUUAUAAAUUCUAUAAAUGGCUUGAUAAGAAAAAAUGAAGAGCAUGAAUUCUAUAUAAAAUUCACUACAAGAACUGCGAUGCCUAGAAAUUCUCUUAUACGCUUUAGUUUUAAAAAUAUUAAAACUUAAACACAAACUGACCGCCACAUUAAUUUUUGUAAUAUCAUAAGUGGUUUAGUACCUUAUGACAAGACACCUAUCUAGUGCAAAACAGUAAGUACAAGCAUAAUUGAAAUUUCUCAUUUUGAAUAGGUUUUACAAAAUGUGCCUAUAGAAAUUCAUUUUAGACUUCUUAAUGAUGGCUCUGCAACAAUAAACCCAACUGUUGACAUUGAAACUUUUUAUGGACCUAAAAAUGAUAAGUUAAUUGAUAGUACCUAUUCAAUUCCAUCUAAUACACCAAAUAUUUCUACAAAUAAUGUGGAUUCACAAGUAAAAUUUAAAGUACUAGAUGAAGCUAUAAGAUCAGAAAAAAGAGAAAAAGGUUAUAUUGGACCAGUAAUCAUUGACUUCAUGCCAAAUAUAAUUACAAAUCUUAAAAUUAUUAAGGUAAAAUUCGAUAUCAGCUUUGUAACUCCAAGAAAUUAUGGAACAGAUUCUCUUAUUUGCUUAGUUAAUGAAGUUAGGUUUAACUGUGUUUAUUAAAUUAACCCACUUUAUGUUACAAUAGAUAUUACCUCUAAUAAUUUAAAACCUACUUCUGCCUAUAGAUUAUCAAUAUCUACUGAAUAUGUUUCUCCUUUAGAUGGCUUAGUUCAUCCAAAAACUGAAGGUUUUUAUCCUAUUCAUGUUGAAAUCUAGGACACUAAUGGCUUUAUAAACUAAGCAACUAGAUGGAUGUUUAUAAAGGCAGCUAAACUAUAAUUCAUAUACAUAGAAAGUGUUAUAAGAAAUUAAAAGAGAGCUAACAUGUUCUAUGUUAACUUUAAAACUGCUCUACCAGUUCAAAAACACAGUUCUGGAGGUAGGAUUCAUAUAGAAUUUCCAACCUUAGACCCAAUGGGUAAUGCUUUAUUUGAUUUAGAUUUGGGAGGUUACUAAUAAAGCGGAGAUGAAGUAGGCUGUAGAUUUAUUAAGUAAGGAGUAACGACUGGAGAUAUAGGAGAUAUUAACAAUAAUAGAUGUCGUCUUAUUAAAAGCCAAAAAAGAGGUAAUCCUGCAGUUGUAGAAAUUAUCAAUUUUCCUUCACUACCUGCUGGAACUGAAAUUUAAAUGUGGAUUGCUAAAGUAUUCAAUCCACCUAACUUCAAUUAUCCUAGUUAAUCUACUCUCUAAGUUAUGGAUGCAAAUAUAUCUAUUAAUAUUUUUGAAUAAAACCCAUAGACAGGAGAGUUGAAAUACAUUCAUUAUGAUACUUAUAAUGUAUUUAUGGAUAUAAGAGAUGAUCCAACUCUUCAUGAUGCUACCCACCCUUUUAGCUCUUAAGCAAUAAAUCAAGUUUGGGAAACUGGAUCUUAAGUUAAUAGUAAACUAAAAUCUAUGGUAAACUAGGUAUGGUAUGAUAUUACUCCUUUCGCGCCAGGAGAUUUCUAUAUAGUUGAAUUACCAAAUAAUUUCCCAGAUACUCUUAAACCUGAUUGGAAAAUGGCUACUUGCCUAACAUUUUAUGAUUGGUGUUUAACUUUCCCUUAAAUAAAUUGGGUAGUUUUGCAUAUAAGUGCCAGUUUAGCUGCUAAUACUAUGUAUGCUAAUAAUGACGUUUUAAUUUAAGUUUUACCUUAAAGUGUACCUUAGAUAACUACCACAUAUUAAUCCUAUGUUUGGUAAGGAAGAUUCUUUAGAGGAUAUGUUACUCACUAAAUUACCCCUAAGUAAUGGCUCUAGUUAAUUGGAACUAUUAAAAAUUAUGGAUUGACUUAAAUAGAUUCGCCAUAAAAGCUAAUCAAAGGUAGAACAAGAGUUGAAGUCAACUUUAAUUUUACAAAUUCUAAUUUUAUUCCAUAUUAUGGUGCAAUUUAAAUUAGAUUCCCACCAAGAAUACUAUCUAUAUAAUCUCACUGCAGAAGCUCAAUAACUGUUGGAUCUGGAUUGCAAUCAAAAGCUGGUCCAUUUGGUAAUGUUGGAUGUUUAGUUCAAGAUUAGAAUACAUGGGUUAUAUAUGGAUUUGGUGAUAUAAAUCCUUUGACUAACAUUAAAAUUUAAGGAAUUAUUGAUUUACCUAAUGAUGGAAAUGCAGGAUAUAUUGGAAAUUUAGAUGUUAUAACUUAUGGUAGUCAUGAAUAUGAUAAUAUUUUUAAUAAAGGUAGAAUUAUUGAUAAGAGUCUUGCACUCUCAAAAAGUGGAUUUACUAUUGAUAACUUUUAAACAAAACAAAUCGAAGAUAUUGAUCUUUUACAUAUAGAAACUAAAACUCUAAGGAAUGCUUAUAGGACUCCUUUAACUUUUAAAUUUAAAAUUGGCGAUAAUGUAUUUGCAAAUAGAGGUAGAAUUAGACUAAUGUUUUACUAAUACUCUUAACUAUCCUUCAAUGAUUAUAUUGGGAAUUCUUUUUAGUAUUAUCCUACAAGUUAGUAUGUAUGUAAUAUUCAAGUCGUUGAUACUUAAGAAAAUCAUGGAUGUAAAAUGGAAUCAAUUACUUUAAAAAAUCAGGGAUAUAAUUAAAUAUACUACCUCUUUUAGAUGAUCCCUAAUAGUGAUUUACUGUCAAAUAUAGAUUAUCUUUUUACUUUAACUACAAUUGAUGGAGAUGGUUAGGAUGAAGGGCUAACCUUUCCAAAUUCAGGUUUACCUUAUAAAAUUGAUGUAUCUAUGUCAGUUUAAGAACCAAAAGGCGAUAACGAUUACACACUUCAUUAGCAUUUAUAUUACUAAGUUUAUGGAUAACCAUUUGCAUAUUUAAAAUUUACAAGCUACAUUACUUUAAAAAAUGAAAUGAACUUAUUUAUAAUAGAAUUUUAACCAGGAUAAACUAUAAGAAAUGAUGAUACCUUAGUUAUUGAAAUCCCAACUGCUUCUAUAGAUUUGCAGUAUAAUUUGUUUGCAGACGAUGGAGGUUUACAGCUAAAUAAUCAAGAUAUAAUCUUAAAUGAUAUAAUUGAUAUGUCUCCUUCAUAUCCAAACCCUACUAUGGAGUGCAGAAUGUCAAGAGGACUUUAGAUCAAAGGACUUCCUAUUAAAUUCCUCUGCAGUAACUUUUAAUCUUCAGGUGUUUUAAAAGAUAUAGGAGCUAAUGAUAGAAUGAAAGUUGCUUUUAACAUUUAAAAUCCUGAUGUUACUGCAAAUCAUUAUUCAAUCCCAGCAUAAGUAUAUGUUCAAAGAAAUUAUAAAAAUGCCAAUGAGAAAAUACUUUAUGAUUUUGUUGAGAAUGCUUUUUAUAUCCAUUUUUGGAACCCUUAAAUAAUUUCUCAAGUAAAUGGUGAUUUUAAUGUUGGUCCUUUUACAUCAACUGUUUGUAAUUCCCUUACGGAUUUUAAAUUUAGAGUGAGAAACAGCUAGAAUUUGGUAGGUAAAAAUGAGGAUGCUUAUAUUUUAAGAUUUAAUUUUGAAUUAAGAGAUGAUGAUUAUCUUCACAAAAAAAAUUGUGCUUACAUUAUUACAGGAAGUCCUUCUCAUAAUUGUGCAACAUUACCAAAUCUUAGAACUUUUAUUGCAUGGCCUCAUGCUACUUAUGAUUUAGUAGCUCCUAUUUAAAUAUAAACAACAGGAAAUAAAUGGCUAACUAGUUUCUAUAGUGAAGAAAAUUAAAAUAAGAGGCAAAUAGUAGGUUAUGCUUGUUAUGUUAGAGAACUUUGGAGUGAAAAAGUAAUAUACUAAGAUUUAUACCCAGAUCUACAACCUAAUAGAGUAGAAACUCUUUAUUUUGAUCUCAGAUUUAAACAUGUUGAUUACCAUUUUGCAAAUGAAAGAAUGGAUUUUAUUAUGUAGGUUACUUCACCUUAUUGGUAUUAUACAGAUAGAGUAGUCAUAACAUUCCCUGCUAAUAUUGGGUGGGCACUUGUAGGUGAUAUGUGUUUAGAAAGCCCUGGUUCUGAUAUACAAGUAACAAAAUGUUGGUUUGUUUUUAACUCUGGUCAAAUUUAAGCAUGGAUUGACAUAGCUCAUAAAGAUAGUUAUGUUAACGGUGAUUAAAAUGCCAGAUAAACUCUACUCAUAGAAUCUCAUAUGGAGACAUUCCAGGUUCCAUCAAACUAAGGAAUAAAUCCUAGUUUCAGCUCAUUUAGUGUGAAGUUCUAUUAAUGGUCAAGACAUCCCUCAAUGUAACCAAGUCCUUGGCGUAGUAAUCCUCCUGUUACCUUAGAUCCUUCAACAGAAAAAUAUGUGUGCUUUACAAACAGUGGAACAAUGAGAGCUGGAGAAAGCUUUGCAGUAGCACCAAGCUAAACUUGGGAUGUCAAUUGGUAAAGUGAAUCAACCAUAGAAUUUGAUUAUGAAUAUCACAGGUAUUUAGAUGAAUUUGUUCCUUGCUUUAAGACCUAGAGGGCUCCUAUUAAAAUGGAUAUUUAUUCACCAACAGCUUUCAGCAGUUUAAAAGGAACAUAAAACUAUCACAUUUUUGAUUUUUAUUAUGGAAAAGAUGUUAUAAUCCCAACUCCAAUAGAAAUAAAAGAUUAUGUUUAAGAUAAAUUAAUAUGUUGGGUAAAUAAUGAUAGAGUUAAGUGUGAAAAUGAUUCAAUAAAUAAUAAAAUUAGACUUUAUUUCUAAACUUAAAUAGCAGCUAACGGUUUAAUGUUUAUUUUUAUUACAUCUCAUGAUACUAAUGAUAUAACCAAUGAAGGUUUUAGUUAUUAAGGUGAUUAGUACUAAUAUAAGUGGCUAUAUGAAAUUUCAUAAUUUGGAGGAUAAACAUAUUAUGGAUACACUGACCCCUUCCCUAUUAUGUAUAAUACUAAUGGAGGAAUUAAAUGUCCUCACAGAGGAAUAGAAGAUGGUGAUUUAGCAGAUAGCUCUACUUAAAUAGCAUAUCAUCUAACUGGGUAUUGGUUUUGGUUUAGAUUUGCAAGACCAGAUAUUUUAGGUAUAACAUUUAAUUUUAAGCCAAGGGAUUAUGAUAAUAGAGACCUUUAUAACCCAAAUUUUUUUAUGGGAUUAGAAAAUGGUGCUUAAUAUCCUUGCUCUAGAGGAAUAUCUGGAGGUAAAAGGAAUGAUGUUAGGUGUAUUUAUGAAAAGGGUGAUAAUACAGGAUUUGGUAUAGCUCAUCGUGUGCAUAUUUUUGAUUUUAAUUACCAAGUUGGUAAUAACGAAAUUUUUGGAUUGUUAUUUAAUGGCCUUUCAAAUGUGUUUAAGAUAACAGUCGAAGCUUGGGGGGGUAAAGCAACUUUUAACUAACCUUACGGAAAUUAUUUUAUGGGUUCAUUAAUUUUUGAUGCAUGGUGGGGUCCUUGGAAUGGUUUAUGCAGUGUACCAAAUAGUUGUACUGGGUGCGAUAAUACAUAAAAUCACUGUGACUAUUAAGGAACUGUAUUUAUGGUACCAGAAAAACCUGCUUUUAUGGAUAAAAAUAUUCUUCACUUUUAUAAUACUUGUUAGCCUGGCACAUAAAGUACAGUUAUUGUCGAAGUAGUCUUAUAAAAAAAAAGCUCUUUUGAUUCAAGUUAUGUUGAAGUGUGUUAAGUUGAUCCUUAAAUUCAUGUUAAAGAUAUGUUUAUUUUUGAAAAAUAUGAAUGGUCUGCUAAUCCUAGUUAAAAUGAAUAUGUUAAAAAAGCUUACUUGUAUUAUGAUUUUAGUGAUGGAAAAGUGAAUGACCUUAACAUAGGGUAUUUUAAAUGCAAGCACUAUAAUCAGAAUAUUAUAACAUACUAUUAAUGUGGUGACUUAAAGGUAAGCGAUUAUAGGCUAUAUAUUAGAUUUGAGACAUAAACUAAUAGAAUGUGUGAACAUAGAUAUGGUGCUUCAGAAUGUAAUACUUCAUCCACAGCCACUAAUGAAUAUGCAGCAGAAAAAUACACAAUAAAUAUUAAUGAUUUUAAUAAUGAUUAUGACUUCAAAAUUUGGAAGUUUCAUGAAGAUACUUGGACUACUCUUGCAGUCAGACUAUUUGACGUACAUAAUAAUGCCUUUACAACUCCCUAUUAUGAUUCUGUGUUAACUUUUAGUUAUGAUUAAUUCUUGAAUAUUCCUAAUUUUGGAAUACCUUCAGAAUGCUAUAUAGUAGAGGGAUUGAGAAUGUCAGAUAGAAGAAAAUUAGGAGAAGAACCAUUAUGUUAAGUUUUACCUAAUCCAAAUAAUUCUUCACCUUUAGCAUUUAUAUUUAAAAUAACUAAUUGGGACACUAUCGUUCCUAACGAAUAUGUAAGAAUUUUAUUUAGACAUCAUAUUAUGCAAUAUAUAUGGAAUGUAUAUAAUAUCCCUGACUAUUCUCCUUUUGUGAUGAAUUUAUAUGCAAAUAAUGAAGCAUAUGGAGAUGGUAAAAAUGGGCAUAUGAACUCAAGAAAAUGGGUGAAUCCGUAUAACUUUUACUUUUGCUGGAAUAUAAAUCAUAAUUUUGUUGUACUUGACUUUAACCAUUAAGGAGCUGACACUUUUCUUCUUGCUUAAGCCUAAGCAAGUUCAAAUAUAGGAUUCCAUUUUAAUAAUUACGAUUGUACAUAUAAUUAAUGUAUUGAGUUAGUUAUGUUUGGUUUAUAAGAUUAUGCUAUGGGUAGGACAAUUACUAUUUAAUGGUAUAUCAAUGAUUAGUUAAACAGCUGUACUGAUUGGGCAGAUUUUAGGUGGAAAGGGAUACACAGAUGGACUUUAUGCUUUGAUUAAAAUAGAAAUUGCUUAUAAAAUGGUUGGUAUACAAAUUAAGUUCUUAAAUUCAGAAUAACAUUUUAAGGAGUUUAAAUUCCUUUGGAUAGAAAUUAUUGGUGGGUUCAUAUGAGAUUUUAUGAGAAUAUACUUUUUGAGAGGUAUAUAGGAGGAUGUGCCCAUAGAGGCUGGGAAUUCAUGUGCUAAAAUGACGAAUGGGUUAAUAAUUUUGAAAUAGGUGCAUCUCUAUCUGUAAAUUUAUUAUCGCUAUCUUAUAAUUCUAUUACAGAAGUUGACUUUAUCAUUACUUCUAUAUAUGAGUCUAUUGGUUUAGAUGUUAAUGUUAAUAGAAUACUAAUUAUGGAAUUUAGUGGCUCAGAUUGGUUAGAUAAUCCAAUUUAUGGUACAUAGUAUGAUCUAUAAGAAAUUAAUUGUGCAUGUGGAGUGAAUACAUUAGUUUUAAGUCCAUAAGUAUGUGUAAAAAGAAAUAGAAGAAUUGUAGCAGGUAGACUUUAUGAUCCAGUUGUUCUUUUUUAUUUUUCAGCUCCUACAGGGUCAACUGUAAGGUGCUCUGUCCCAGAAAUUAUGAUUGAAGCAUAAGCUACUGCACCUAGAGCGAGAAAGUUAAAAUUCAAAAUUAUUCGCCCAUCUCUUUACGAAUGGUAUGGGAAAAAUGGUGAAUAAUUUAAUUCAAGAGUAAAAUCUGAAUAUUCAUUUACUCCAAUUCCAAAUAGCUCUACCUCUGAUUUAAGUAUGCACUAUAAUCCUCCUGUAUUUUACUAAGAUAGAACAACUACAGAAUUAUUUGUAGGGUACUAUGACUUACAAAUUUCUAACAUAAAAAAUCUUAACACUCCAUAUGUUUACAUAAGACAUUCUGAAAUUGGUCCACUUAUGACAACUGAGCUUUGUGAAGAUAAAGGUCUUUGGGAUCCUAACUAUACUAAAGUUUACAAUUAACACACCAAAGUAUUAAUAUGUAGAAGAGUAGCAUCUGCAGUAACAACUGCUGUUAUUGGAGCUGGCAAGAAUUUAUAUUUUGAAUAGUGGAAAUCUCAAACAGCUUCUGAUUAUUUAUACUAUGUUUUUGUUUAUCAAUCUGCAGAAUUGAGAUAACAAUAAUAGUCAGCACCUAUAACUAAUAGCUUGUUUUAACCGAUAAAAACUUCUUCUUUUAUUGUUGAUCAUUUCUUCUAUUCAUAUAACAAAAGUUUAGACUAAUCAAUAAUAGCAAUCUAAGUCGGUUUAAGGGGAUUUUUAUGGAGAGAAACAAGGGAUGGAGGAAGAGUAGAAAUAUUUUUACUAAGAUCUCAAGUCACUGGUAUUACACCAGCAUGUACUGCAAGAAUUGAAAAAGAAUUUUAACACGUAUUGUGGUGCUAUGUAGACAAUAGAAGUAACGAUUACUGGAUAAUAGUUGUGCAUAAUUUAUUCACUUAAAUACAAACAAAUAAUUAUUUGAAUAUUUAUUUUUCAAUGAAAAACCCUUCAGGAGCUACAAAUAGAUCAGUUCAAUAUAUAGUAAAAUUUUAUUAUAACUAUAAAUCUGAUGGUGACUACAAAGUGCAAAUACAAGAUUUAUUUUCUCAAUCUAACUUUGACUUUUCAGAGUAUGAUAAAGGUUACACAAGAAUUACCAAUGCCAUGUCUCGUUUUUAUGGCUUUAGACCAAAAAUUUUUGUUGAUAGGAGGUUUGAAUUAAGAUUCUAUGCUAAAAUUAUGUCACCUAAAGUAUGGCUAGAAAGAAUAGACUUUUAUACAAAUGAGUUGUGUGUAGAGUCAGGAUUUGACUGUAAUUAUUUAUUAGAUGUUAGGGUAAGAGAAUAUGAUACAACUCUUCUAUAAAGAUAUCAAGAAAUAGAAGUUAGAGGUAGAUCUUGGUUAGGUGUUGGAUAUUUGAUUAAUUAACCAAAUUAUAGAGUUUAUAAUCAAGGUUCAAAAUUAGAAUUUAUAAUUUCAACUAGAAGAACAAAUUCACAUAUUGGUUUAUGGAAAUAAACUAAUCCAAAUAGAGUUGGUCAUAUGUUUGUCUACGACAAUGCUUAAGAUUCAAAAACAAUACAAAGUAAUGAACAUUAAUCAAAUACAAAAUAUAAUGACUUCUCAACUAAUAAAUAAACUGAUGAACUCAAACUUUAAUAUUUCUAUUUUACCAAUUAAAUACAUAAUUAGCUUACUUCAUUUGUAAUUGGAAUGUUUGUUAAAAGUGGUAGUACUAUGGAUUACCCUAGAAUAUAUUUUGAAUUGAAAUUCCCUAUUUUGAAAGUAGCUAAUAUUCCUGGAGCUACCCAUGGCAACACCAUCCCUUGCCAGAUUUCACUAGUUUUAGAAUCUUAAAAUCCAAAUAGGGUCAAUUCAGCUAGAUGCAGAGUUUUUGAUAUUAACACAAAAUCAUAUUAAGGUCUUAUGGUAAGAAUCGAAGAAAUAAAUAAGUUUAGCCCUUAAACUGUUUUAACUUUUGCUUUUGAUGAUUGGCUUUUACCUGACUCUACUAAUGGCUAUACUCCUAUUGAUAUUGAAUUUAACCUAUAUAAAUCAAUUUCACAAAGUGCUGGAUCUCUUGAUUAUUUUAGAUAUUUUCUUCUUUUAAAAGAAAUGAUUUUGGUAGAUGGAAUGAAUCCUUCAAUAUGGGAUAAUACUGCGAUAUCUUCAAUUUAAUUAAAACCCCCUAAUAAUUAUGUUUAUGGCAAAAAAAAUGUUGAAUACAACGAUAAUUUAAUUAAUCCUUGGCCUAAGCCAACUAUAGGAUAUGUUGAUACAUGGGGAUAAUACAAUACUGCUGGAUAAAAGAUGAGAUUAAUAUUCGCAAAUGGUUUUAUUGGAGGGGAUAAUACUCCAGAUUCUUUGAAUUACUAUGAUGGUUUUGGGCAGCUUCAAUUACUUUGGUUUAAUAGAAAAACUAGAUCUGCAUACAUAUCUGCUCCAAAAAGAGAUAAUAACAAUUCCAUAAAUUUUUCUAUUAAAAAUGCUGUUAAUCCUUAUCCCUAUCAAAAAGAUACUUGGAAUUCGAAUGGAAAAAUAGAUUAUUAAUUAUAUAUGGGAUAAUACUGGAAUUUUAAUGGAGAUGGGUUUAGAUAAACUAAUAUAGGUUUAAUGGAAUUAUCAUCUAAUGCAUAAUGGUCUUAAUUCAUAAAAGAUCUUCCUACUAUAAAUAUAGAUCUAAGCUAAUCACACUUAAUUGAUGUUAUUCCAACAUAUAACUACGCAGCUAAUUAGAGUAUAACUAUGAGAUUUAGAAUUACACAUUAAAUAAGUAAAUCUGAAAGAGUAAAAAGAUAAUUAACUAAUGUUGUAUUUGAUUUUACAUAAGGAGUUAAGGCUAUUCAUAAAUGCUACAUAUAAAGCGAGGGUCAAAAAUAAAAUUUGUAUAUUUAUAGAUAUGCAGAUUGUUAAAUAGGAUUUGCUAACAAUAGAUAUAAUGUCUAAUUAAUAGGAGUAGCUAAUUGGGAAGAUACUUCUCCUUAUUAAAUGUUUUUACAAAUGUAGAUUGAUAAAGAUACUAUAGCCUACACAAUAUCAACCUACACAUAAAACGGCUAGGUUGAAUAUUUCAAAUAAGUUACUGUUCCAUCUACUUAAUUUAGUAAAGUUCAUUAUACUUUUAACUAUUUUAGAUUUACUGAAGGAAAAUAUAUUUCUGGAUAUCAUGAGAUAGCAUAAAGAAAUAUUUAUACUAAUAGCGCUAUUAAUACUACAUGGAGGUUGAGAUUUAGAUUUAUUUUAGAUAUUACACUUAAUUAUAAGUAAACUACUAUUUUUGUUGACCCUAUGACUAAUGCUGAUUAUUUACAAAUUAAGCUACCUCCAUUAUUAACCAAUGGAUAUAUUCAAAGCGAUUCAACUCAAUGGCUAAUGUGCUAUUUUGUUCCUGAAAUAUCAGCUUAUGAUAAAUUAGCAUUACCUUUAUACUCUAAAUGUAAAAUUGAUACAACUGGAAAUCCAUAUUUUUAUAUAUUGACAGCCCCUAGAGAUAUUUUAAUAAAUGGCAAAGCUUAUGUAGUUCAUAUUACAGAAAAGAGAAUUUAAGGUGCUUCAUUUAUUCUUCCUCCAGCACCAUAAAGAUCUGAAUUUAUUUGGUAUUGUUAUAGUCCUUUAGGAACAACAACACCAUCUUACGAUACCUUUAUUACAAGAAUAACAAACAGGUUCUUGAAGGCUAAAAUCAAUCAUUUAACUACAACCUCAGAAGAUUAUGAUGUUGCUGAAAUUACUUUCACCCCUUCUGUCCCUCUUAGUCAAAUGUAAGAAUCAUAUUUCUUGGUUGAAAUAGAUAGUAUUUAUUUCUAAAAGACAGGCUUCAAUUAUGAAGAUUUUGAUAUAAUAAAUUCAUAUAAAAGAGAUGGAUUAACUGAAUUUAUAAAUGGAUAUGAUCAUUCUUAUUUAAUUGAACCUCCAUUCUCAAAUGGAUUUUCUUUAAUUAAUUUUGGUUAGCAUAGCAAUUUCUUUGCAAAUAUUAUGAUAAAUCAUGUUAAUGGGUAAGAUUUAAAUGCUGGUUAAUAAUAUGUUUUCAAAAUUCCUAUGAUUAGAAACCCUAGAGAUUAGCAUACUUCUAUUUCUUAUAAAAUUUCAACAGUCUUUAUAAGUAAUAAGGAUAUGAGAAAACAAAUUUUAGAUGAGUUUUGGUUCGUCAAUCAUGCAUAUGUUGACACUACUCACAAUGACAUGACAAGUGCUAACUUUAAAAUGAAUUCUAUAAAUGAUUAUGUGCAAUAAAACACUAUGGAUUUAAGUGUUUAGUUUAAUUAUGAUAUAGGUCCACCUUAAAGAAUUCUAUUAAAAUGGGAUAAUAAUAAUGAUAUUGCAAUUGAUAGGACAUAAUUAAUGACAAUUUAAAUCUCUGGAUGUAAAGUUGAAGUUUUUGAUAAAAUUUAUUUAAUUAUGGUCACUCCUUUAAGUUAUUAACAAUCGGCCUGGUCUGUAAUGAGUUUAGGAACUAAUUUUAAAUCUAAUACUUAUUCAGUUUAAUAUGGGUUUUGGUUUACAUACAUAACGAAUAAAUCAUUAACUUAAUAUUAUCAUAAUCCUUAGCAAAAAUGGCUCAAACCUUUAGAAGAUCUUACUCCUAAAACAUUUGUCUAUAAAAUAGGAUUUUAAACAAUAAAUAGUGUCUGCCUUUACAGAUUAAUCAUUUCUACACCAAAUUAAGUACCAAUUGGAGGAUAUAUUGAAAUUAAUCUAUCGAACGAACUUGAUGGAUAUGAACCCUAUUGUUAUACAUAUACUACUUUUAAUUUAGUUGAUUCAACAAACCUUAAGUAAGUAAAAUACGGGCCCCUUGAAUGCCAAAUGAAAAAUUCUAAACAAUAUUUAAUAAAAGGAUUUAAUAGCUUUACUGUUUCUACAAGCAUAAAUGUAGACUUGUAUCUUAAAAAUGUGAAUAGUGGAGCUGUAGUUAACCUUUCAAAUGUUAGCAUGUAUGGAACAUAAAAUUCUUAAAACAUAAUAGCAGUUUCUAAACCUGUACCCUAAGUAACAAUUCUAUCUAGUAAUCCAGGAAUGAGCUAUUUUGAAAUUUUAGACAGAGUGAAUUAUCCUAUUUAUGCAAAAGAGUGGUAGAAAUUAGAUUUUAUUUUUACUUUGAGGUCAAACAAUUUACUGAUUAAUUAAAACUACAAAUUGAAAUUCAAUCUUCCUUCUGGUUGGAUAAGUGCAAUCGGAUCAAGGCUAUAGUUAAAAGGUAGAUAUAAAAGAAACGAUCCAUCUAUCUUGCCAUAUGACACUUAUCCUUCACCUCCUUAUAAAUACAAAGAUUGGACUACUUCCAAGUUUAGCUUAGAGGGAGAUAAGCUUGUAUUUGAAAUUAAUGUUGAUGAUCCUUUAUUAAGUCAUUAUUCAAUUAACUAAUAAAUUGAAUAUAUCUUUUCAAUUGACUCUGAAAGAGCUGAUAUAGCUUAUCAAGAAGGUCUUUUAAAUGCAGACCGAGGAUUAUAUAAUUUUUAUUUGGAUGCAUACCAAAGUAGCACACUGCUAGAGAGAACAUAUAACGAAUACUACGUAAAGCCCAGAGAAGAUGUAUCUGACACAUUUAGAGCAUAAGUUUUAAAUACAGGUGCAGGGUAAAAGACAGUUAUCAGAUUUAGUUUUACUAUGAAUUAUGAUAAAGCUGUUAAGGGUGACGAAAUUUGGAUUGAGUUUUAGACAUUUGAUAGGUUAAAUAAAGUAUUCAAAAAUGAUCUUGGGUUAGGUUUUAGUGAUAUUUCAGCUUAAAUUGGUUGCUCAGAGAGGUUUGGAUUUAAUAAAAUAUCAAAGCAAAGAAUUCUUUGUUAUGUUUUUAAAGGAAAUUAGAAUAUAUUAGCACCAAUGAGAGGAACUCCUGUUCUUAUUAAAAUUCCAAUCUUAAAAGAUAUUCCUAGCACAGAAUUAGUUGAUUUUUGGAUAGCUUAUGUAGAAAAUCCAACUAUUGUUGGAUAAGUUGCUGGUAUUAAAUUGAGUGUUAGAAGAGAUUGUAGAGAUGAUAGUCCACACUUUAAUUGCAUUCUUUAUCAUGCUGAACAUUAAUAUUAUAUAACAUAACCAAUACCUCUUAGCUAUUAUUAAAUAAAUGGAGCUUUCUCAGCAAAUUCAAAUAUUGUAACUCUCACUGCUAGUCACACAUUCACUAUUAAACCAUCGAUAGAUAUAUAAAAUAAUUAAUAUAUUUUAAUUUAAUAUCCUUCUAAUCAUAAAAAUAAAAAUACAUGCUAAUCAUAAGUUGGAGAAUGUAUAGAAUUUCCAGAAUACAAUUGGGUUUUAUUUAAACCAAGUGCUUUAAUAAAAGCUGGAUUAGAUACUUCUAUACAGUUGGAUAAUAUGAUAAAUGGAUGGCACAGAAGAAACCCAUCCCCAAAUAACUAUUUCCUUCUUUAAGCAUUUGACAAUAAUGGAAAUAUAGUUUAACCUUACAAGAUUACACAUAACUACUACGACUACUAUAUGAUAGAUACUAAUGGAUAGGUUAUCAAUACUUAAACAUAUGAUCCAAAAUAUCGUAUAAAUACAGUUUUCCUCAAAGAAAAUUUUAUGAACUUAGCAUAAUUAGAUGUAAUAAAUAUGGAUAUUGAAUAAGAAAUAAACUAUUUUAGAUUAGAUAAGCCAAAAGAAAUUUCUAAAUUUGAUACAAACUAUUGCAACGCUACUUUAACUUUAAUGCCUGAGACAUUAAGACAACCAUAUCCUCUUAGAUAUGAUUGUGAAGUUCAUGACCAAUAUAUACUCCUUGUUAGGACAAAGUAUUUCUUACCAUGGGAUUAUACUUUUAAUAAAUUCAACUUAAGAAUUUACUUUAAAUUCAUUAUUGAUGAUAAAAUACCUCCUAAUGGAGGCGUCUCUCCUGGACCAGCAAGUCCUUUCAUACUAUAUGGAUGUGUGGUUCGUUGUGACGAUCCCUCAGAUUCUAAAAACAUUUUAUCAUGGUCUCAUGUUACUUAAUCGAAUAUUCCUUGGGAUAUAUCUUUUUACUAAUAACCUAAUCUAAAUACUGCUGGAUUUUACACAGAAUCAUUUUAUCAGAGGUAAGCUCAUAUAGAUGAAUAAGUAAGCUUAUAAAUGCUAAUUUAACCAAACACUAAAUCUUUAACUUGUGACAUCAAUCAGUUAGUGUUUACUGUACCUGACGAGUUUAUAUAUCCAUAAACCCUAGCUUUAGAUAAAUGUUCAAUUUAAGGUGCUAAACCAGUUUUAGUGGAUUCCUGUUCUGUAUCAAGGAGAUAAGGUUAAACAUAAGUAAGAUUAAUUUUAAAAGAAAAACUUGGAGACUUAGCUAAAAUAGUAACUAUUAGCGAUAAAGAUGGAAAUUAACUAUUUAUAGCUCCUCCAUAUCCUGGUACAUUCUAUCCAAUAAAGUUGGAUAUGUACUGUGAUUCAAAGCUUGUUGAGACUUAAUUCACUAACUUCACUAAUGUAAGAGGUGAAAAUUUAGAUGUUAACUAUUUGAAGGUAAUCAAUUCUUUAGAUGAAUUAACUCCAUAACUUUAUGAGUUUUAAUUUAAAACGGGAAAACACAUUAUUCCACUUGGUUACCAAAGAACAGUUUAGGGUUAGCUUUCUUAAGAUGUUUAUUCAACUAUAAAUUUUGUAUUCGAGUGGAUAGGUGAUGGUUAUACUAUCCACCCAGGUUAUGCAAGUGAUUUAGGAAUGAGUAUUGAAGACAACUCAGAAGUUGGGUGUACUAUAAAAAGUGGAUUAAUAUUAUCUUAAGGAAAUAGACUUAAGUGCAUUUUAAGCUAUGGAAAAGGACCUGAAAAGAUGCCUUAAAUUUCAAUAUCUAAUUACGAAUAAAUACCUCAGAACACUAAGAUAUCAAUAUUAAUUACUAACAUCCAAUCUAUAGCUUCUAGUUUAUUAACUACGGUUAAAAUUGGUGUAAUGAUAAAUAAUCCUAAAUUCAAUUCUGAUGCAUAUUUUUACAACCUAGUUGCAUAUAUUCCUGAUAAGACAAGUGCUUUAAAUUCACCAAUAACAAAUACAAACGAUAAUGUUGUUGUUACAGGAAACAGCUAAAUACACUCUUCAUCUAACUAUCAAUUCACAUUUACUUUAGGAAAAAGAAUUCUCAAAGUCACAGAUUACUUUGGUAUAUAGUUCCCUGAUAAUUUUAUUAACACAUUGAUGUAUGAUCCUUCAACAAUAAAUUGUGCAUCUACAUGUAGCUCUAUUUAUGUUUUCCCUGCUUCAAGUAUGGUAUAUCUAUAGCCUAAAUCAAAUUUAGCAGCUAAUAGUUAAGUUGUUUUCUAAAUUAAUGGAAUUCCCAACCCAAAUUACGCAGUAAGAGGAUAAAUUACUAUUAAAUAAUUUACAUUUAUUGACCGAAAAAUAGAUAGCUAAUAUAAUGCUUAAUUUUCUGCUAAUUUUGCUCCAUCAUCGCUAUUUUAAAAUGCUAAUGUUGAAGUUUCUUCUUAAACUGGUGGUGAAACUAAUGUUCAGUAUACCUUCUAAUUCUAACUAGGACACACAGUACCAGCUAAUGGAGCUAUUUCGAUUGAUUUCCCAUUAGAUCUUUAUGAUAAUCCUAAAUUAUCCUCAGAACCUCUCAAAUGCAAAUUAUUAGGUGAUGUUUUUGAUGAAUUCAAUUAGUCAGUUUGUAAAUUUGCUGGUCCAAACAGACUUAGCGUUGCAUUGGUUAAUACUUAAUUACUUCCAAAUUCUAUAUACAAAAUAAUAGUAGAUGGCAUAACUAAUCCUAAUAAGAGCUACGAUUAAGCUAGCAAGUAAUAAAACUUUGUAUUUUCAUCUCAUUUCAAUAACAAUGCAAUAUUAAAUCAAAUCAUAGCAUAAAAAACUGCUAGUCCUCCUAUAUUCUAUGUUACAGCUUUGAAGAAAUGUAUCGUUUAAGUUAGCCCAUUCAUCAAAAAUACAAAAUUAAGAUCAUUUUACUCAUUUAAAUUUUCUUGUAAUGUAUUGAUUAAGAAUAAAAGUAUAGUGGAAAUAAAUUUACCAAUAGAAUAUAGCAUGAAUAAUAAGUAAGAUACCUAUGAUUGUUCAAGCUUUGAAUAAUCCACUCUUUAUACAAAAUAAUGUACUCUUUAGGAGAUUAAAGGAUAAUUGAUUCUGUCUGCUUAACUGAGAGAAAUAACAAAUUCUUAAUAAUUUACUAUAAAUUUAGAUUUAUUUAAUCCUAGUAUUGCAAAUAAUAAUUAUAUUUUCUCAGCUAAAUUCAGGUGGUAAAAUCAAUAUUUUGCAGACACAUAAAACACAGGAACAAAUUUUGCUAGUAUUUUUGAAAAUCCAAAAAUAAUAUUUACUAAAAACCAAGACAAUCAUUCUUAAAUUAAAUUAUAGAACGUGCCAAUAAAUGCAGCUGAGCCUGCAUAUUAUAUUUUUAAGACCCCAAGCAUUAGAAAUAAGGCAUAAAUUGAACAGACUUCUAUAACAUUCCCUAAUCAUUUUACAAAAAAUUUAGGAGAUAAUCUGAAAUGCUUUAUAUAUAAUUCAAAUAACGAAGCAUAUAGGUUUUCAAUACAUGAUAUUCUAAAAUUAAAAGCAAAAUAAACAAGUGACUAUCUAAAUUUUAUUUAAUUUCCUUGCUCUACAAAUUAUGAUUAUACUAUAACAUUUUCAAAUGUUGGAAGUUUUUACAACUAAAGUUCUUUUGAAUGGAAUUAUUUAAUAGUUUAAAAUGUUUUCAAUCCUGGAAAAUUUUAUUUAGACACUUAUAAAAUUAUACACACAAAUAAUGAAGUAGCAUCCUGGGUUUUCGAAGAUAACUUAUACUAUGAAAUUAGUGACACUGCUAAGUAGCUUGAUAUUAAGAAAAUAGAAGCAAAGAUAAAUAGCACAACAGUUCUAUCUCCUUACGUUUUUGAAACUUACACUCUUUAGUAGCUAAAAAAGAGUACACUUACAGCAAUAAUGAUAGAUUUACCAGAUUAGUAUGAUAUUUCUCUUUAACCUUAAGAUAUUUCAUGUUACGGCUCAAUAAGCUAAGCAAUUAAAACUAGUUGUAAGAUAUACAAUAAUACAAUACUGUCUUGGUCAGAGAUAACUAAAGUUGAAAAUGUUUUCCAUUUCCUAUAUGUAGAAUCGCUUAUAAAUCCUUCAAUUACAGAUCCCUGCAAAAAUAAAUAGAUUAAAAACUCAAAUUUCAAAAUAUCAAUAGUUGAUUUGUCAACAAAUGAAAUUUUAGCAAUUUCAAAACCUACUUAGUAAGCAUGCAUAUAAUACUCAUAAGACCUUCUCUUUAUUAAAAUUGAUGGGCCUACUAAAUUGAUUAAAGGUCUUUCAUAUUAGUUUAAGAUGGAAAUAGAAAGACCAGCGAAUAUAUUAAAGCUAAUUCCUAAAUAUAACAAUUUAUAUUUUGAUUUGAUACCUAACGUUUUUGUGUUUAAAGAUUUUGACCAGCCAUCAGAAAUAGACUUCAAAAUUUUAGUUAAAUAAAAUGCAUAAAUAGGUACACAAUCUAUCAUUUUCGAUAAAAUAGAAACAAGGGAAGAUUCAUCAUAUAAAUCAGGAGAUUAAUAUCAAUUACCUCCAAUAUUAAAAUUUGACAUUGUUGAAAAUUAAGAUACAGACUAAACACCAAAAUAUGUUUUCAUUGAAGAUUUCAAAGGUAAUUCAGUUGGAGGUAUAGUCACAGCAUUUAUAAAUAUCCCAGAGCCUCCAGCUUAGAAUAUGUAUCUUAACAUAGAUAUCACAAACUCUAAAAAUAUAAAAGUAUAACCAUCUAAGAUUUUGAUAACUCACUAAGAAAAAAAUUAUAAUUUCACAAUUUAAUACCUAUCAGAAAAAGUGACUGAACCUAUUCCAUUCUUCUUUUCUCUUUAGUCAAAUUAAAAAGUAGUCCAUCAACUAAGACCUCCAGUUAAACAUUUAGUUAUUACUCAUAGUGAUUAGCAUUCAAAAAACAAAAUUGCAAAAUUAGAAUUUAUGGAUAAUAUUCCGCAUGAAAGCUACUACAAAAAUCAUUUAGGAAAAAUUAUUGACACUAAUUUAAUAUAAACAAAUGAGCUUAAACCUGAAAUAUUGUCUAUUAAAAUUGUAUCUCUAAAAUAAAAUAGAGCAGUUUUAUAUGUUAUUACUAGUUAACCUGGAUCAGUUAAAUAUUUUAUUACCUACAAAAAUUCUAAACCUCCUCGUUCAACUUAAGAAGUCUACUCAUUUAGCUAUUCAGAAGGGGUAAUUAUCAAAAAGGGUGAAGCUCAUACUAAAUAAUAUUUCCCUGAGGCCAAGGAUUUUACAGCAGAAAUAAAGAUUGAUGAAUUGAAUUAUUCUACAUCUUAUGAGCUGUAUGCAGUUUGUAAUAAUGGAAUGGGAAUCUCAACAAUAAAAAGUGCUAAUUUUACUACUUCUUAUUUAAAAGCGGGAUCUAUUUUCCAUGUAACUCUAUCUAAAAAUACAAAUUCUUAAGAAUUAAUUAAAUAACUCUCAUAAGCUCUUAGAAUUAAGCAAAGUGAUAUGGCCUUAUUAACUUCAAAACAGAUAAUAGAUAAUUAAGGAGAAAGGAUAAAGAAUGAUUUAUUCACUUUUGAAAUAGCUAUUGCUCCACAAUCUAAUGGCUAUGACAUGAAUGAAUACCUCUAAAAUAUGAUUUAAAGUAAUCCAGAAACUUUCAUGAAAUUAAUGAAAAAUUAUGUGUAAGGAUUUGAAACAUAUAGAGUUGAACCUUUUUCAAGAAAAUAUAUGAAUGGAAUGACUAAAAUCACUGAUCUAAAGCCAAAAGUAGAAAGUGUCAGUUUUUAUUCAGCAAACAUUACUGUAAGAUCAUGGGAAGAUUCAAUGAUUUAUGCAGUAGUACUGGAAGAUAAAAAUAACUAAAAUAUUACUUUGCUUUCUUAGCAAAUAAUUUUAGGAUUUGAUUAACAUAAUAAUGCAGUAAAAGAAUUUUGGUCAGCUAAGUCUUAUUCAAACUCAACCAACUACAAUUAAGCAAACCUGCAUUUCGAUAAUUUAAAUGAUGGUACAAAUUAUACAGUUUAUAUGACUGCAACUAAUGUAAUGCCUUACAAUAAUCAAUUAAAAUACUUACCUUUAUAGGACAGCAAUGUGAUAACAUUUAAAUUUAGCACUCCUUUCAAUUACAAUGUUGAUAGUUGUCUUAUGAUCGAAGAUUUAAAAGACAUUAACGCACAUCUUUCAUAGAUUAUAGAGAAAAGAUAUGAAACAGAAACAUAAUUUGGAUAUUGUAAAAAGGUGAAAAAUCAUACAAACUCCACAAAAUAAUUGAUUGGAAAAUUCAAUAAUUGA